AAGAUUUGCAUAAGACAUUUUAUGUCUCGGAUCUCAUUUGAUUGUGCAGGGGUACUUAAUAAAACGGCCAGUGAGUGUCCACUCAUACAAAUUCAAAGUGAUGAUCUUUUCUUUCAAAUGUGCAGAAGUCAACAUGCCCACCCACCCUUCCAAUAUGAAAGGUUUCCCUUGGCUUUGUGUGACAUGUCCCCGAUAUCGGUGCACUGGCUCAUAACUUCAGCACUCAUGAAAUAUUAAGCAGCCCUGGGACUCAUAAACACAUCUUCAGUGGGACGUUGUGAUUUCACGCUAUAUCACAAACAUUUUAAGGCAUCGAAUGCACUAGCCUGUCAUGGACUGUCUGUCAUUUAUGUGAAUAAUAAAUCCCCUCAUGUCCUCCGCGGACCUACUUUGGCACUCAUGGUGCAUAAAUAGGUAAAUAACUCGGGUAAAAUAGCUAAAUACUGACAUAAAUAACCUAUUCUUGAUACAAGGCGCGCAUUGCCCCCUCCAGCCAUAUGUUCGAUAGCCAAAUACGGUGGACACCAGCAUAUUGGCGGAUUUACUUUUCCCAGAGUUUUUUAGGAGACCUAUCCCCUAGGUCUGUCACGAUUAAAUAUUUGUAGAAUUGAUUAUUCCAUCGACUAACCGAGUAAUUGGGGAAAUAAAAUUGGCUCAAAGUUUAUUGCAAAAUCAUGUUUUUCCAUUACUCUUUAUGAACCAAUUGUUGUUGUUUAUUUGGUAUUGCUUGAUUAAGCAAAACCAAAUAAACAACAACCCCGCAUUAUCACAGGAGAGGGAGUGAUGUACUCUCCAACGUUUUUGAAACUGAGAACUACUUUUUGAGUACUGGUUAAUACGAAGGCCUACUAGUUUGAUAUGCACUUCUGAGGCAGCUUCACGUUCAUCUACUUGUCGAUCACAGCUGGUUAUUCAUACUAUUGCUGCGAAUAACAAUUAUUUCUGUAAUACAAACUUGUUUUUUACAUAAAUUGAUUAUGAUUCAGUUACUUAAAAAUGUUGAUCGUUGUUUUCUAAAGUAAAAGCAAAUGUUUGCAGUCUGCUUUCACGAAGGACUACAGAAAACAGAAAAUAUUUAUGGGAGGCUGAAGGAUGGAGAGAAUUUGGACAAUUGUAAAUUAAACCAUGGCUGUAAACAAUCUAUUAUCUAAAUAGUUGUAGAUGGAUUCGUUGUUGAUUAAUCGAUUAAUUGUGACACCUAUCCCCUGUAAUUUGCGGAAACACCCACUAAUUUUCGAUGCUAUUUUUCCCGAUCUCCUCCCCAUUGGCAUUUCAUUGACCCCCACCAUUGUGCUUUUUUUCCUAAUUUAUUUUCAGGGGAUGUUUUUUCUUUUUUCUCCACUAUUCCUGAUCCUGCAACAGUCCCUGUCCACACUCGACUUGCCUCAGCUCUUAAGAUAUGCCGAAUUAAAUUUCAAGCAGCCUCAGCCAAUCAGUGUGCUCGUUUCAUUAGAGGCAAUGGUGGAGAGGGAGCUCUCCUCCGUGCUUGCACGCUGAUGCCAAUUGCUUUAAGUCAUCAUCCCUUUUUUUGUUCCUCCACUGCGUUGCAUUCUGGGAGACGUAUUCAAAUACCUUCAAAUAUAGAAAUGCAUAUAUAUAGCUAGAUAGAUAUAUGCAAGUUCAGAUCUGGCGUCAGAGUAGUGACCCGUCCGGGAAGCGCGUGCACGCGAGCAGAGCACUUUUGGACUGCAGCGAUGGAAUGGACGCGCAGUUUGGGUCCCUAAUCUCAAACAACGUGGAAAGAAGUUCACCCGUGAAAAAAAAAAGCCCCAGAGAGAUGACGAAUCAGUCGGAGGCAGACACUUUCCCCGACCCCAAGGACGCGCAAGGGGGCAAACUCUCCCCUCCCGGUGGUGCGCGCGGAGACGCCGACGCCCGUCACGGUCACACCCUCCAUGGAGCAAGAGCGGGAGACAACUUCUCUCCGUCCACGCAUCCUCCGCCGUCCGCCUCUGCAGGAGCCAUGUUCCCUUACCCGAGCCAGCACGCCGCCGCGCACGCCGCCGCCGCGCACGCCGCCUUCUCCAUCGGCAGCCCCGGCCGCUACGUGGCCCACCACCACCCGGUGCUCGCCAACGGAGCCUACAACGGCCUGCUGAGCAACUCGUCCACCCAGGGCUACCCGCCGCCGGCGCCGGCGCCGCCGCCCCCGCCGCCGGCCGCCGGCUACCCGUACGCGCAGCAGUACGGAGCCGCGUACCAGGGAGGCGCCUUCUACCAGUUCUCCUCGGCGCAGGCUGCCGGGCUGCAGGUGCCGGGCAAGGCGCAGGUGUACCUGUGCAACAGGGCCCUGUGGCUCAAGUUCCACAGGCACCAGACGGAGAUGAUCAUCACCAAGCAGGGACGGAGAAUGUUCCCGUUUCUCAGCUUCAACAUUUCCGGCCUGGACCCAAUUGCGCACUACAACAUUUUUGUGGACGUUAUCCUGGCUGAUCCAAAUCACUGGAGGUUCCAAGGAGGCAAGUGGGUGCCCUGCGGGAAGGCAGACACCAACGUCGUAGGAAAUCGAGUUUACAUGCACCCUGACUCGCCUAACACUGGUGCGCACUGGAUGCGUCAGGAGAUCUCUUUUGGCAAAUUAAAGCUCACAAACAAUAAAGGCGCAUCCAACAACACGGGACAGAUGGUGGUCCUGCAGUCUCUGCACCAAUACCAGCCCAGGCUGCACGUGGUGGAAGUCAACGAGGACGGCACGGAGGACAGCAGCCAGCCGGGAAGAGUGCAGACGUUCACCUUCACCGAAACGCAGUUCAUCGCCGUCACGGCCUACCAGAACACCGACAUUACUCAACUGAAAAUUGACCACAACCCAUUUGCAAAAGGAUUUCGGGACAACUAUGACACCGUGUACACAGGCUGCGACAUCGACCGUCUCACUCCGUCGCCGGGCGAGUCCCCCCGGCCCCGCUACGCCGUGCACAGCCCCUUCCUCCAGGAGCAGUUCGUCAGCUCUUACGCCAAAUCUCGCUUCCAUCCCGGCGUGGCGGCGGCGGACCGCGGCGUGCCCCUCGGCAACAGCUUGCAGAGCGACGAGCCCCCGGUGGGCGGCCCCCCGCAGCGCUGGUUCGUCUCUCCUGCCAACAACCGACUGGACUUCGCCGAGGCCGCCGACUUCGCCGGUAACGCCGCCACCCUGCUGUCGUACGCCGCGGCCGGAGUCAAGGCGCUCCCCUGCUCCAACCGGGCCCUCGGCUACUACGCGGACCCUUCCGGCUGGGGGGGACGCACCCCUCCGCAGUACUGCGGCAAAGCCAGCUCCGUCUUCCCCUGCUGGCCCUCCAACUCCAUCGGGGGGAGGAGCAACUGCCUGGCCGAGGAGGGCGACUCGGUCCCCACGCAGAGGUCGCCCGUCGGCUCGGAGGAACCGGCCAAAGCCAAAGACAUGACCUCCGAGUCCGGCUGGAUAGAGACGCCGUCGUCCAUCAAGUCCAUCGACUCCAGCGACUCCGGCAUCUUCGAGGCGGUCAAACGGAGGCGGAUGUCGCCCUCGUCCACCCCGGUGCCGGACGCUGUGUCCCCGCUAAAGUCGUCGGACCUCCUGAGGGAGGACAAGACCUGCUCCAAGGACAUUGGCUACUACAGCUUCUACCCUUCCAGCUGUACAAAACUGCUACAUCUUAGGUUGAGUCCGUGGAGAGAAGUUCCCAAGAUCAACCAGCAGAUGGCGACAGAUGCUCAGAUGCUGCUGUUCCUAGGUAGCAUGGAGCACAAAAACAGUGUUCCAUUCACUGGAUUACUCCCAUGCUGGGCUCAUCAUCAUCAUCAUCAUCAUAUCCUCCACCACCACCCACGACACUGCAGCAUGGACACGCAGGACCAGGGAGUACACAUGGAGCCACUGCUACCCACGAGAAGUGAUGAUGAAGCUGUGGUGGACAGAGGAGGAACACGCUCGCAGCAAAGCACCAACUUCGAGCAGGAAGAUCUUGAAGGCCACAGGACUCUGUACAUCGGAGUUCACGUCCCUUUGGGCAGCACCAGACACCGCAGCCAUCGCAGGCACCGUCACCAUGGUAACAAACACAAACGGAGGAGCAGGGAGUGGGCCCUCCCAUUGCUGGAAGGGAGAGAGUCUCCUAUCUACGACACUCCCUCCCAGAGGGUUCAGUUCCUCCUUGGGACGGAAGAUGAGGAUGAGGAGCACAUUCCUCACGAUCUUUUCACAGAGAUGGAUGAGCUCUUCAUGAAGGAGGGCGAGGAUUCUGAGUGGCGGGAGAGCGCCAGGUGGCUGAAGUUUGAGGAGGACGUGGAGGACGGCGGAGAGCGCUGGAGUAAACCCUACGUGGCCACGCUGUCGCUGCACAGCCUGUUCGAGCUGCGCAGCUGCAUCAUCAACGGCACCGUGCUGCUCGACAUGAGGGCCGGCGCCAUCGAGGAAAUUGCAGAUAUGGUGCUGGACCACCAGGAGCUGUACUCGCCACUGGGCGACGAGCUCCGAAAGAAAGUGCACGAAGCACUGCUGAAGCGACACCAUCACCAGAACCAGAAGAAGCUGGCCAAUCGCCUGCCUAUCGUACGCUCGCUCGCUGAGAUGGGUCGACGGACUUCAGACGUCCACUUGGACAAGAAUGGUCAGAUGACAUCGUCCCAGUCUCAUUUAGCAGGUCCAGAUGGGAAAGGGGAUGUCACCAGAGAAAACAGCUCUGUGGACUUGAGCAAGAUGGACCUUCAUUUCAUGAAGAAGAUCCCGCCGGGCGCUGAGGCGUGCAAUGUUUUAGUAGGAGAGUUGGACUUUCUCAACAAGCCCGUGGUGGCCUUUGUGCGUCUUUCACCCGCCGUUCUUCUCAGCGGGAUGGCUGAGGUUCCCAUCGCCACCAGGUUUCUGUUUAUUCUCUUGGGACCCGUUGGAAGAGGCCCUCAGUACCACCAGAUUGGACGGUCCAUAGCUACGCUCAUGACAGAUGAGGUUUUCCAUGAUGUAGCAUAUAAAGCUAAGGACCGAAAUGAUCUGAUUGCUGGGAUUGACGAAUUCCUCGAUCAAGUAACAGUCUUGCCACCAGGAGAGUGGGAUCCAUCCAUUAGAAUAGAACCGCCCAAAAAUGUACCUUCUCAAGAGAAGAGGAAGAAAAAUCUACCAAAGGACUUAGCUGAGGCUAAUGAAGAGGAGCAUGAAGGCCAUGGAGGUCCUGAACUACAGCGCACGGGGAAAUGGUUUGGUGGUCUCGUUCUUGACAUCAAGCGAAAAGCCCCCCACUACCUGUCCGACUACACUGACGCAUUCAGUUUGCAGUGCGUGGCCUCUUUCCUGUUCCUCUAUUGUGCCUGCAUGUCCCCUGUCAUCACCUUUGGAGGACUUCUGGGCGAGGCGACUGAAGGACGCAUAAGUGCGAUUGAGUCGCUGUUUGGGGCCUCGUUGACGGGAAUUGCCUAUUCCUUGCUUGCCGGGCAGCCGCUCACCAUUCUGGGCAGCACGGGGCCAGUGCUUGUAUUUGAAAAGAUACUGUUCAAAUUCUGCAAGGAGUACGACCUGUCCUAUCUGUCCCUGAGGACCUGCAUCGGUCUGUGGACGGCUUUCCUGUGCAUCGUGCUGGUGGCUACAGACGCCAGUUCCUUGGUGUGUUACAUCACUCGAUUUACGGAGGAAGCCUUCGCCUCACUGAUCUGCAUCAUCUUCAUUUACGAGGCCUUGGAGAAACUGGUCUACAUGGGAGACUACUAUCCCUUUAACAAGAACAACAACCUGAACAAACUCAGCUUGUACUCAUGUUCAUGCGUUGAGCCUUCUGAUCCCACCAAUGGCACCCUGAAGUAUUGGGAAUUCAAUAACAUCACGGCGUCCGAGAUCUACUGGGAAGCGUUGGAGGUCAAGGACUGCUUUGAAAAGCGGGGCGAGUUUGUGGGCAGCGCCUGCGGUCCCGACGGACCUUACGUCCCCGACGUUCUCUUCUGGUGUGUCAUUCUCUUUUUCUCCACCGUCUUCAUGUCCUCGUUCCUCAAGGAGUUCAAGUUCAGAAGUUACUUCCCCACAAAGGUGAGGUCCAUCAUUAGUGAUUUUGCUGUUUUCAUCACCAUCUUCACCAUGGUCCUGGUUGACUACUCCUUAGGGAUCCCCUCUCCAAAACUGAAGGUUCCUAGUGUGUUUAAGCCAACCAGAGAUGAUCGAGGCUGGUUCAUCAACCCACUGGGGCCGAACCCCUGGUGGACCGUCGUCAUCACGCUGUUUCCAGCUCUGCUGUGCACCAUCCUCAUCUUCAUGGACCAGCAGAUUACAGCUGUCAUCAUCAACAGGAAGGAGCACAAGCUUAAGAAAGGCUGCGGCUACCACCUGGAUCUGUUCAUGGUGGCCCUGAUGCUUGGCGUGUGCUCCCUGAUGGGCUUGCCGUGGUUCGUGGCGGCCACUGUCCUCUCCAUCACGCAUGUCAACAGUCUGAAGCUGGAGUCGCAGUGCUCGGCACCCGGCGAGCAGCCCAAGUUCCUGGGCAUCAGGGAGCAACGUUUCACCGGCCUCAUGAUCUUCGUGCUCAUGGGCUGCUCCGUCUUCAUGACGUCUGUGCUCAAGUUCAUUCCCAUGCCCGUCCUGUAUGGUGUAUUUCUCUAUAUGGGAGCAUCUUCCCUCCGAGGAAUACAGUUCUUUGACCGUCUCACACUGUUCGGCAUGCCAGCCAAGCACCAGCCAGAUUUCAUCUACCUGCGUCACGUACCCCUGAGGAAGGUGCAUCUGUUCACUUUCAUCCAGCUCAGCUGUUUGAUUCUUCUGUGGCUCAUCAAGACCUCCAAGGCCGCCAUCGUCUUCCCCAUGAUGGUGUUGGCUCUGGUGUUCAUCAGGAAGCUGAUGGACUGGAUCUUCACAAAGAGAGAGCUGAGCUGGUUGGACGACCUCAUGCCAGAGAGCAAGAAGAAGAAGCUGGAGGAUGCUGAGGAGGAGGAAGAACAGAGCAUCCUGGCCGAGGAAGAAGGCGUAGUACAAGUGCCAAUGGAGGGAUGCAAAGGUUUACCCAUCAUCAACAUCACGGAUGAGAUGUCCAAAGGUUCUUUCGGAAACACUUGGAAUGCCACAAGCUAGGACAUUUGCAAAAAAAAUUUAUGGUGAAGACAACAUUGGCAGUCCUCCCACACAACAUUAACCUGUGCCCUGAGGAACUAUGAAUUAUGGAACAGGACACCGGAAUGUGUUUGUCUCUGAGUUGUCUUAGUGUUUUUUUAUUUUUAUUUAUUUAUCCUGAGCCCUUUAUAUCAUCUUGUAAUCUGUGUAAGUGAAUCACCAUAUGAAACCAUGUGAGGAACUCUCAUUGUCUCAUGCUAAAAGCUUUGUUGAGGUCAAACUGACCUCAUUAAUAGAGCACUUUGUAUUUAUUUUGUAUUAUAGUUCUGUUCUUUGCUUAUAUCUGUUCGUCUUAGUUGUCGUCAGAGAUUUAUAAAAAGGGAGAAAAGCCAUAAUGCAAUAUGAAAGUGAUGGCAACGGUUACUGUAUGUGCACACCAUAUCGUAACUUGUCAUACUUCUCAUACUUAUAUGCUUCUAUUAUAUUUUGUGUGGUGUAAUUUAUAUAUUUGAUCAAAACAUCUAAUAUUGUAAUCCUUAAAAGGUAAAUAAGAUAUUGUAAUAGUUCAAUGUUGAUAUACAGUAAGGCUUGUGUGUCAGAAAUGUGUAAUUUCAAUCAUUAAUCAUCAAUUAAUACACUUGAAACAUGACUUGAUCAAAUUUUUGUUAUUUUUUCUGAAUACUUUUCAGAGCACGACUGUUGGUCUGUAUGGACCACCACAUGCGCUUUCAAAAUUCCCAAUCUAAAAUGUUGACACGUAGCGUUCUUCCAUCCAUUUUCUGUAGUGCUUGUCCUCAUGAAGGUCACGGACAAGGUCACGGGUGAGCUGGAGCCUAUCCCAUCUGAAUUUGGGGUGAGAGGCCACCUUGGACUGGCCGCCAGUCCGUUGCAGGACAAACAACCAUUCACACACAUUUGCGCCCAAGGACAAUUUUCUGUCUCUAAUCUCACAACUAUGAAAAGCCGUUUGAGCAUUUAUGCGAUAUACUUGAUAUCCAGCUGAAGGUCCAAGUACUAGUACACUGUUUGUACUCACUAGUUACUCAAUUCAGCUACUAGUCACUCAUGUUUUUUCCCUGCACUACUUCAUGACAUUUCUCCACAUGAGAGCAACUUUGGCAUACAAGCUGGACAACUACAUGUUACUGUAAGUCACAGGUGUCAAACUGGUGGCACCGGGGGCCAGAUCCGGCCCGCCACAUCAUUUUAUGUGGCUCGCGAGAGUGUGCAUCGACUUUGUGUUUCUUGCUUAAAUACCAAAAUUGAAAAUUGGCUUUUUAAAAAAUUGGGAUAUUGCAAGCAUUUUUUGUUAUCAAUCCCCCUUUUAAAAUAAAAUUGAUUCAUACUGUAGUUGAACAGUUUUUAAUGGCUUCUGAUUUCAAAAGUAAUUAGCCAUUAAUUUGUUUAUAUGAAAAAUGAGUUUGACACCCCUGCUGUAAGUGAAGCAAAAUUGUGCACUAGUUGAUUUUUGCACACUACUAGUACUACGAGUGAAGCACUACAAAUAGAUGUUAACUGGUAGAAUUUUUCACUGUCACUAGUAGUACUAGUAGCACGCUAUUAUCAAGCAGUGCACUAGUAACAUGGACAGUAGUUGUCCUAUUAGUAUGCUAAAGUUGUCCUACGAGUACAUGGACCUUAAGCUGGAUAUCAAGGAUAGCGAAUAAAUGUUCAAACGAUUUUCCAUGCAGAACUGUAAGGCGGACAUACUAACUAGACGACCAUGCUGCCUUGAGCGGGUCAUAACUUCAAAAAUCCUACUACAUUAGUAGGUAUAUUUAAAUUAGUACAAUAAGCUUUCUGUAAAUCAAUAAAUAAAUUUUUGGUCUAUGACUCACUGUAAUUGUAGCCUUACUUCACAUAAACACCCGUUGAAUUGUUCCGUGUCUAUGUUGCUAUUGUUUUAAAUGGCCUAUUAAUCGAAAAUAUGACCGUAGAGUGUGUUGAAGUGGCCCGAAGUUUGUGCUUGGCAGAUGUUUGAAGAGCUUUCGGAUGACAGCUGAGAGAGGCGACACGUCCCAAAGCGCGUCACGCUGUGGGCUCUGCCACCUUAUUAUUUUGGCGGAGGCGCUGGAGAGUGACGACCCGCCGGUCCACAACUCGGAGCUGAUUGACACGAUUUCCCUUCCCAGUGACAUGUUGAUAACGCGUCAUCUUGUUACCUGCUAGAUAUCCCUUUUCUCAUCAUUAAUGGAAGGAAUAAAAGAAUGUCUGGGAAGAAA